AAUAAUCAAGAUGUUGAAGUGGACCGUUACAAAGCGCCCGGAAGGAGGUACAGCGGCCGCAAUUCAACGACACCAGCAGCGUCUGAACGGUUCCAUGGUACACGCUCGUAGAUCACUGGGGGCCCUCAACGACCGGAAUGUUCCCAGCGAUGGAAUCACAACGGCUAGUAAAAUUCGAGCCCGACGGUCCCUAGGAUCAACUAUGCUACGUCAUGCGCACGUGGACAAGGAAAACCAAUGCGUCACUUCGACACCACACCACCUAUCCGGAGGCAGAUCUUCGCCGUCACCUUAUUCGAUGGCACUACGAGAUGUCAGCAAUAUUACCCCCAAUACGACACCUUGCCGCUUAUCAACCACUCCGCAGAGCAGAAAACGAGCACUGCCUUCAUCCCCGACAACAGCAAUCACUUCAACUGCCAAGAAGGAAAACGCGAUGCAGUACGCGUCAACUCUUCCGAGCUUCGAUAUCGAAUACUCACCAUGUGGAGUUAAAAACGUCCCCUUUCUCGCGCUGCGAGGCUUAGGCCUCGCUGAUUCAUACUUCGAGAACCCCGGUCGAUACUUUCACGAUGAGCAACCUCCAGCGGCGAAACGUGCCAAACCUUUCGCGACACCUGCUCCAGUUUUGGGAAAACCAGAGCCGGCUUUAACUCCCCUGUCAUCCCGCCUGUCCGAGCUGCGGUUCAGCAAAAUCAGUUUCAAACGACAGGCAAACAUUAACAAUAACAAUAACCAAAUCUACCACGACGAGGAACCAUCACUGAACUCGUCCGAAAUGGGUGAUAUUACUCUAGAUAAGAUGAUCGAUGCAAUUCUGGAGAGUGCAAAGAAGGAUAAAAUUCCAAAGAGAAGCUCCAGCGUCAAAUCCAAGCAAGCCAAGCUACCAUCUCCUACUUAUACUCCCGCCGAUGACCCGGCAUCGGAUCUGUACAAGGACAACUUGAUCGACCAACUUCCACCCAAGUUGAUCGAACAGGCGGAGACCACCAUUAUCUUGGACGAAACUACACACAUCAACGAGCGCGAGGUCAAGACACCCGAAUCCGCGAAAGGUGCCAAAUCCCUGCGACAAUCACUCUCCCGGUUUGUUCUAGCAAGUCCUCUGGAUGCGUGCAACCUAAGACGCCAGAAAGCAGUUCGUCGGAAAAACAAACUGGAUGCCCUGGAGAAGGAACCAUCCGAAAAGAGAUCAUGUCGCGUGGGGUUGUCCCUUCCAAACGGGAUCCCCAGUCCGGAAACCCCUAAAACAGCCAGUUACAAUCAAUCGAAGCUAGAACAUUUAGCUCAGAUGCAAACCCCUACGAUGACCACAAUAUCCUUUGAAGCGGAUGGCCCAAAUCCGAGAUUCAAUGCCGCUCUUACUACCAUUGAUGAAAUGACACCCAGCAUCCGUUCGAUCGAUCUUCAGGGAACUUCCACCCCGACCGGAAUGGAAGCGAUCUCUUUCGAGAAAACCCGCAAAUGUUUGGCUUUCUCACCCACUCUGAGUGAGGAUUCUCUGGAGAAGCGACGAUCCGUUGCUUCGUCGACCACGUCACGCUGCUCACGUGUAACCACCAUCGUAAAGGGCUCACUGGAACUGAACCUCCAGGUGGAGCCAGAUAACAAACUAAACGUUCACGUCAUUCGCUGUAAAGAUCUGCAACGGCCAAACGGAAGUACGAUAAACGCAUACGUCAAGGUCGCUCUUACAAAUCCGACGAAUCUGACUGCCGAUCAGGGCUUCCAAAGGACAGCAGUUCAUCGAAACUCUAGCAAACCGGUGUUCGACCAUCGAUUUGUGUUCGUAAUUGAACCAACGCUGGAAGUGGAAGAAACCCGCCGGAUUCAACUAGCAGUGUGGCACCGCGAUAGAGAAUGCAAACGCAGCGAAUUCUUAGGAUGUAUGUCAUUCCCUCUUAAAAAUGCCAUCCAACAGGAAAUUAAUGGCUGUUACAAGCUACAACCGCAGUCGUGUUUGACGAAUCCUACCCCGCCGAUACCAGCAGACAUGUGUGAGAACUCGCAGUCCAGCGUUGACGAAAUUGUCAGCGUGGAGGACGGCGGCACAACGGCAACAGCCGGUGGUAUGACGUCGGCGGGUUCCGGUGCGCCGGAACCCAUCAGUUUGAGCAAGAAGGCUCUACAUCAACGGGACGCGGAUGAAAAUUUGUUUCUUCGCUUCCUGGAGCUCGAUCCUCCGCUGGAAUCCGGAGGUGUACCCGCUACUCCUCGGCGCAGUUCGAUUAGUUCCAAUAAACCCAAUGCAGGGCGGACGCCGUUUACGAUAACGAAACGGUUAACCCGUGUGGCCGACAAGGGCUUUGGGUUUUCGAUUGUGUGGACCCAUCCGCCUCGUGUGGAAAAGGUUGAAUCCGGACUAUCGGCUGAAAAGGCAGGAAUUUUGCCGGGAGAUUACGUAGUCUUUGUCGAUAAGCACAACGUUGUCACGAUGCCGGAGCUGGAUGUACUGAAUUUGAUCAAAACUCAAGGGAAUACCCUGCUGCUGGAAAUAUUCCGGCGGCCACAACGACCUACAAAUGGACUACGGCCGGGUAGUGUAGUGGCGGCCUCCACUAGCAAUCUGAUCAACUUUGCACCGUUCAAUGCUCAGGUGCAGCUUAACCAGCAGCACCUACAGGACGAGGAACAUUCGCUCAAACCGUCCAUUGUUCCCGCUCGAUCCUCAACUGCUUGCUCCAACAUUUCGAUUGAAACCGCCAAGCGGAAACUCAAUCUACCCCAAGUGACGUUCAGCAAAGAGUCAAUUUCACAACAUCUCCCAGAUGACCAUCGGCGAAAGUUCCUCUACCAGCUGAUCAGCCGAGAACAACACUUUGUGACGGCCAUCAACUUCGGAAUUGAACGAUUCGUUAGCCAACUGCGGGAACGGAAAGAUCUCAUUUCGCCGAAUGACCACAAAACAUUAUUUCAAAACAUCGACGAGCUAUCACGAAUAUCAGAAGACAUCCUAGAACAAAUUAUCCAAGAUGAAACCGAGCCACAAAUCCAUUUUGCUGCCCGUGUCUAUCUGUCCAAGAGUACGGCCCUGUGUGCGGCCUACAAGAAGUACUGUAAUGGCCUGAAAAAAGCAGACUGCGUGCUGGUCAACAAGUCAAGAAAUUCAAGCUGUGAUUUUAUGCGAUUUAUUACGGAGCCACCGGUGCCACGGAAACGUCCAGACUUAACCACCUUCAUACAUCGACCGUUGCAACAUUUUAGGGAAAUUUUAAAGCUAGUCCAAAUGAUCGCCUCCCAUUGUCGAGUAGAUAGCGAAGAGCAUAGCAACUUCAACAUCAUCAUCAACGAGUUACAGGCAGCUUAUCGGGAGAUAACCGUUGGCGGGGGUCUGAUGGAACCGAUUGGGGAAGGACGACCGCUGCUGACGUUGCAGGAUUUGGAAGCGAGGAUGGUUUUCACCAAGUGUAAACCAUUUCAGUUGGCUUCCCAUGGGAGGCAGUGGAUUUUUGGUGGUGAUUUAUCGCGAGUGGAAGGACGUUCGGUGAAGCCCUACUGGACUUUGUUGUUUAGUGAUAUUUUAUUGUUUGCCAAGGUUAGCCGGGAUCGGGUGUUAUUCAUAACCGAGGAACCAAUUCCCCUAACGACGGUUACGGAUUCGUGCUUCAAUAUUCGCAAGAAAAAUACCGAGUUCCGGAUAACAAUCGAUCCAAACGGUCGACAAAUCGAAAGUCCCACAGUGCAUUGUGCCCCGGAUUUGACUAGAACACCUAAGAAAAACUUCAAAAAACGUUGUAUAGCACUGCGAGCUCCAUCCGCCGAACUGAAAGCCGUAUGGCAGAAUCUCCUAACGAGGCAAAUAUUUCUAGUGAACGCCACCCUAGGAUCAACCCCGCUGAGUAGUCCACUGGAUUCACCGGAUAUCAUGCAGUCGUUGGUACCAAUCGGAGACAUGGGCACAACUGGUGCCACGAUGGCAUCGGCUAAAAUUCCAUCGCUGGACAAUGUUCAUCUCAAGAAUCAACAGUCGAGGUCGAGUAAAGUCCCGAAGCAGGUCGAAGAAAUGAUCGAUGAGAAGUGUAGGAGCAUGAACAAGACCGGUGUCCCCAAGGGAAGUGCGUUACAUUUGGCCCAGUGGAUGAAGGGUCAGUUGGACAAGCAGGUCGUCGAAUCGGAUCCAAUCGAUUCCGAUCCGGAGCAGACGAUCGAAGAGUGGUCCAUCGAACAGGUUGCGAAUCGUUCCAAGGAGCUGAAGUUGCUCGAUACGGAUGGUAAUCUCUGCCAGACGGUCAAUGGGCUAGGGUCCAGCGGGAAACUGCUGGAUGCGCAACUGGAGGAUGGAUCGACGUUCGAGGGGGAUGAUGACAACAGGAGCGUGUCGAAAAGUACUACAUCAGACAGUCAGAUUACAGUUCGUUCCAGUCCCCAAAGCAACAAAGUGGACACAAUUUCCGUCUGCCGUCAGUGCCACAAGAAUUGCAAAAGUCGUAUGAACUCUCCCAGCAACAAUUCCCUAACGGUGCAACACAGCCAAACUUCGUCGAUCCGUUGCUGUGUUUCGUCGUCAACGACCGGUAGCAGCCUAAACAAGAGUCCCCAUUCAAACUCGAGUAUAUCUUCCACCAGCACACUAACCAUGCCCAGUAAAUCACCCACGAAACCGGAGUACUCAGCCAUCGGUCGGUCCACGGUGGAGCUCGUCGAAUCGCCCUAUAAGCAACCAUCGUACAAGCAUCAUCCAUCGCCAUCUCUCAGCCUAAGCAACUACAAGACCAAGUGCCAAACGCCCUGCCACUGCAAGUGUACGCCAAAAGACUUUGAGAAAAUUAAUCUUAGCCCGGACGAACUGCUCCACGAGCGGGUCAAGAUACUUAAGAACGCCACUGAAAUUAGCGCAAACCAGUCCAGUUCCUCGGGGUCUCCGAGAGUCAACGGACACACGACCACAAAAACGCUACGGACAAGCAGAUGUGAUAGCAUUCGAUGUGAUGACACUGUAGAUAAUAACAACGUCGAAGACUGGUCGCUGAUGCUGAUUGGGUUAGCACAAAUCAAUCCGGCUGCUUCGCUGGUUCAUAUGGAUCCAUUCGAAGCAGUUCCUACCAUAGCUGUAGUACCACCAACUCCGGAUGCGCUGACAAGCAAUAAUUGUAAGCAGAGUAUGUCGCUGAACUGGAACGAUACAAAUCGACUGCAGCUCGGAAAGAUCAGCGAAAGCAAUGGAAAUGAUUACGAGGAGUAUUCGCCAGACAAUUCACCGGAAGAUGAAUUACCAAGCCAUCCGUAUCGUGCUUUGAACACCGGGAUGAAACGAUACGGAACACUGUCCAGCUUGGAGCGUGUCCCAUCAGAUGAAACCGACAAGACAUACAAUUCAUCCGAGGAGGACUCAGAAAAUGACAUCAAAAUCGUCACCAAAGAAGUAUACGACAACAACGCACAACCAUUCAUGAAUUGGACUGCGCGGGCAGGAAGCUUCAUUGAAGAGUCACGGGCUUUCAUCGAUCGCUACCUGGGCCGUGGGAAUACUGCAGAGGAAAGCAAAGACGACCCCGACGUGGUUGUGGUCGUUGAGGAGGAAGCCAUCGAAGGCGAAACGUCGGUAACGUCCGGCGAGGAGGUAUGGGGCACCCCGACAAGUGGAGGCGAAAACGACGACUUGCAUAUUUUUGGCAGCCUUGAACAAACACAUUCGUCACCGACCAAGUCCACGUCUUCCUACACCGGAGACGACGAUACCGAACUGAUGAUGGAUGAACUGCUGAUGGCACCACCGAUGACUGCCAGUGCCGUUCGUGGUCUAUUGCCCAGACGAAAGCUAGAACCAUUGUUUGAAGAGGAUAGCGAAAGUUGUGAAUCAGAUGAUGAUAGUAAACCACUGAGUGGACGGGACAAACAGGGGCAAGCUGUGGAAAGAAAUCGUCCGGAUUAUGUGGACUUAAGAGAUUCCACCGAAUCCGAGUCAGUAAGUACAACGCCGUCGUCGACUCCCCGGGCGGAAACGAGGGAGACGGUGAAGACUACCACGCCCGACGAAAACUAUGGGAGUGUUGCUGACAGAUGCUCUGUAUCUGUACUGCUCCCGAGCACCGGGAUACGCUCUGUAAACGGUACCGAUCGUUUCGGGGCGAUUUCCGGUGCUGCGCCGAUCCUCACGUUGCCUCCUCCGCCGUCUACCGACCCACCACCACCCCUAUACGGACUCAGUCCACGACUGGAGAUGCGGUUGGCACUCAAUCACGACAUUCUCGGCGACGAAGACCUAAUCAGCUACAGCCCUGGGCCGGAUCUGACUUCGAUUCUCGGGCAAGACCUCUCCACAUACCACAGGAUGAGUGGGAAGGACGUCAUCAUGAAUCGGAUCAUUUCGCGGGUCAACAGCUACAGCAGUAUUCCGGCAGCAGUGGCCAAACUGUCAACAAGCAGUCAGCAAAUUCAUCCCAGCACCAGCAGCUUCAUCAACCAAACUGUGAAAAACGGAACGAGCUCAUCAUAUCAACAAAACAAUUCAAAGAUGGAUACUCCUACGCCGAAUCGCAGAAAACCUCAAAGUCCAGUUACUUGGAACAGUUCUGGGUCUGUGGAUCGAGAAGAAAAGACUCUGUCGGACCUGGAACGGCUGGCGAGGCGCGAGAAAGUUUACUGCAUGACUCAGCUGAAUCAAAACGGCUCCCACUUGAAACAUACAGCUAGUUACAACCGGUCCAAAUCUUCCAAAUUGUAG